GUCGAUGGUGUUCGCGGCGAGAUUGGUCAUCACCUCCCGACUCCCGAGUGGACGCAAACAGGCGUGUGUUAUAUUCCUCAGUCUUCCUUGGUAGUCCCGCUGCUGUUGAUUUUACAUCGUCAAGCUUUCAUGGUGAUGCGAGUAAUACGAGCAUCGGUAGCGGGGAAGGAACGGGGGAGGAGGAUGACGAUUCCAACGGUAAAAAGAACCAGAAAAAGCGUGGUAUAUUUCCUAAGGUGGCAACUAAUAUUCUAAGAGCGUGGCUGUUUCAACAUCUAACGCACCCCUACCCCUCAGAAGACCAGAAAAAGCAGUUAGCACAGGAUACAGGACUGACGAUAUUACAAGUUAAUAAUUGGUGA